CAGUUUCCUUGAAGUGGUCGCCGUGUUAACACUGAAGACUGAAAUAGCCCAGCCGCACUGUGCCUUUGUUAGCGACUGUCGUCUAGUGAUAUUUGCAGAUUUUUCUCGAGCGGAUCGAGCCGGAGCGUAUUCUGUGGCCAUAAAAGUGCUCUCGAGUUAGCUGUCUACGUUUGGGAAAGCAGUGAAAGGCCAUCAAGCCCAACUAAAAGAAUGUUCCUUCUAGCGGCCCUUUGUUUGGCCCUGGCCUCGGUGGGUGGCCUGGCCAAGCCUUUGGAGCCCCAUCCGCAGCACAUAGUCAUCGUCACGCCGCAGGCUCAGGUGCAUCUGGAGCCAGCCCUCCGCUACGUCCAUGGCCUAUCUCCCCUGGCUCGAGUGGCGGCCACGCCUUACCACGAGGAGACGAUUGUCUAUGUCCCGGCUGGAACUGCUGCCCAGGUGGCUCCGGUGGUCGAAUCUGUGGGCUCUGGCAGAGCGGACGGUGCUCCGGCCACCAAGCAGCAGUGGGAGGGCGUGCAGGAGAACAUCAACCAGAUCCAGCAGCAGGCUCAGCAGGGCGUCGAGAUUGUAAGUGGCCAGUUUGGAGAAGCGGCCGCUGCGGCAGCCUCCACAGGUGCCAACUUCUUCCCCAGCCUGUUCCCGCCCAGUGGAUCCAAGAAGGAGGAGCAGCUCCUGAAGACCGAGGAAAAGAUUCAACUGAUCGAGACUCCGGCCAACACUCAGCCCCUGAUUCCGGCGCCUGAGGCCAGACACUUCUAUAGCCUGCCGCAGGUCUUCCACACCCCAGUGGUAGAUGUGGUGCAUACUCCGGUCUACACCUGGCCCAUUUCGGCCAUCAGGGCCCGUAGCAUCCAGGAACCUCAGCUGGCUGAGCAGGCAGAGCAGGCGGCGGAGCAGACUGCAGCCGAGCCCCAAGCCCUGAAGCAGAUUGUGGCCAUCAAGGAGGAACUGCCGCUGCAGCCCCAGGCUCAGGCAGAGAUCCAGCCGGAGAUUCAGCCUCAAGCCUUGUUGAAGGAGCAGCCUCUUCUGAAGGAACAGCCCCAGCCUCUGCUGAAGGAACAGCCCUUGGAGCAGCCCAUCCAGGAAACAAAGCAGCCUAUUGCCGAAGCCCUUCAAGAGCCAAAGGCUGAGAUUGCAGGACGUCUUCUGGAGAGCAAUGCCAUUAAGCAGGAGCUUCAAAGUGCUGAGUUGGCCAAGGAGCAGAUUAAGGAAGAGAUCAAGUUACAGCCCCAGGAGGAGCCCUUGAUUAAGACGAUUCCGGCUGCUCCUGCUGCCGAGCUCUUAACCAAGACCAUACCCUCCACUGAGCCGCUCCUGGCCGAGCAGCCCAAGCAGGAGCAGCAGCAGAUCCAACAGAUCCAGCCGGCGCAACCUGCCGAGAUUAUUGCCGAUGCCAUUUUGCCACAGGCUUAG